AUGGAGUUAUCGCAAUGUUCUCAAAUUUCAUCUGAUAUAAAAACAAAAGGAUUUGAUAUAUCAGCCGGUAAAACAUGGAUUUAUCCGAUAAAUUAUCCGGUCAGAGACUAUCAAUUCAAUAUAGUUCAGGCUUGUUUAUACAACAACACAUUGGUUUGUUUACCCACUGGAUUGGGGAAAACAUUUAUUGCUGCAGUUAUAAUGUAUAAUUUUUGGAGAUGGUACCCACGUGGAAAGGUUGUGUUUUUAGCACCUACGAAACCAUUAGUUGCUCAACAAAUUUUUGCAUGUCAUAAUAUAAUGGGCAUACCUAGUGCAGAGACUAUUGAACUUACCGGAGCAGUUAAUAAGAAACAACGUGAAAUCUCUUGGUCAAGAAAAAGAGUAAUAUUUGCUACUCCUCAAGUAUUUCACAAUGAUUUAGAUAAAAAUAUUGUACCCAGUGAAUUGGUAAAAUGUGUAGUUAUAGAUGAAGCUCACAAAGCUUUAGGGAAACAUUCUUACUGUGAGUGUAUUCGAAUAUUAAUUGAAAAGAAUCAGACUUUCAGAGUAUUAGCUCUUUCUGCUACACCAGGAAAUAAAAUUGACAAUGUUCAUGAGAUAUUACAGAAUUUAUUAAUUGCUCAUGUGGAAUUAAGGGAUGAAACUUCCUUGGAUAUUGUGCCUUACAUUAAUCAAAGAAAAAUCGACAUAAUUUUAGUACCACUAAACAAAGAGCUAGCUGAAUACAAACAGAGGUAUAUCUUUAUUAUGGACCAUCAUGUUAAAAUUUUACUGCAACAUAAUGUUCUUCGUGCAGAAACAGCAAAUAUUUCAAAAGGAAGGGUAUUUCACUUAUUAAGGGAAUUCAAAAAAAAAACUGAUAAAUCAGGAAAUUAUGGACAAAUAAUAAAAACACUGAACAUAUUAAUGACAAUGUAUCAUGCUUAUGAGCUUAUGGUCAGAGAUGGACUUAGGGCGUUUUAUAAAUUUUACCAAAAUCAUUCCGAUAAAUUUUGGAUGAACGGGGAACCACAGUUGCAGACAUUACUUGAAGAUAUCAAAACGUAUCUCGGACCGUUUCCGGAUGUAAAAAGUUUAUGCGAAGAUGCAGUAAUUGAUAUACCGCAAAAUCUUGUAUAUGGUCAUGCGAAGUUCGAGAAAUUAAAAGAACUGCUUUUGCAUCAUUUUGCAAAGAGCGAUGAGAAAGAAAGUGAUACACGAGCUAUAGUUUUCGUAGAGUAUCGGGAUAUUGUGAGUGAAAUUUAUAUUCUAUUAUUACAAUGCCGACCGUCAAUAAGACCGCAAAUGUUCGUUGGUCAAGCUGGACAGAAACAGAAACAACAGAUAAAGGCGUUGGAAAAUUUUAGAAAUAAUCACGUUAACGUUCUUAUAUCUACAAGUAUAGGAGAGGAAGGAUUGGACGUUGGAGAAGUAGAUUUGAUAAUAUGUUUCGAUAUAUUCGAUGGGCAUAUAAUUAUUCUGGUUACAGAUGGAAAAGAACACGAGACAUUAAAGUCAACAAUGGCUAGAAGAGAUUCCCUAAAUCAUAAGAUUCUAAAUACGAGUAACAUUGUUUCCUCGCUUUAUCAAACGAAUCCUCGCAUGAUUCCUGACACUUGUACGCCAGAGUGUUUAAAAAUGCAUAUUAGCUUGCUGCCAAAAACUCCAGUUACAAAGAGUAAAAAUGGGAAAGGAAAAUCGGAUAAAAAGGGGAAUAGUCGUAAAAAUAUGUUAAAAGGAGUUACUACCAUAGAAUCGAAUUCAGAGUCGCAAAAAGACGGGACUAAAUUUUCAAUGGUGAAAUACUUAAAAGGCGAACAAUACAAAGAUCGCGAUAAGAAUAAUUUUGAUGCGCUUAGUUCUAAUGAAACGCAAAGUAGUAACGUUUGUAACAUUAUAAAACCAUCGGAUGUAAAAAUUUUAUUUUACGACAACGAUGCGGUGGAUUUCCUUACAACGUGCACUUUGAAAAACUCUGAAAGUGAAGGAAACCCAAGAAGAAAGCGUAGAAUCGAUAAAUCUCGUGUGCCUGAAUUUCCCUUGAUUAAGAAUUUUUUUAAUUUCUCAGUACCCGAUAUUAAAAUUCUCGAUUGUUUAACAAUACUGAACGAUAUAAUUCCACUAGAUCGUGAAAAGAAAAGCUUAAAUAAUGGCAAUAAAAGUGACGUUGACGACGAGAAUGAUUUGUAUGGUAAUGAAUGUGUUCUUGAGAAUAGAGUGACAGAAUUUGACAAUAAGUGUAUCGGUGGAGAAAUUAAGUUCGAAGAUUUGCUCGAUGAUAGUAGCAAGUCGAACGAAAGUGACCUAUUGUGUAGGGAGGGGAAAAAAUUGGAGGAACGAUAUUCAGAGAGCGGAUAUCGUUCCGAAGCAGUCGGAUCAAAAGCAAUCGGUACAGAGAAUGAAAAUAAUUCGUUAGAAAAUUGGAAUUUUACUAAAUUUGAAGAUAUAUUGUACGAAUCGUCCGAUGAAUCUGGAGCUAAUGUUAACGUUGAAAAAUUCGAGCCAAUAGAGAAAAAAGAUAUCGAUACCCAUAAUGAUGUACAAGUGAAAAAAUUGCGUAAUAUUAAAGAAUGGGACGAUAGCAUAAGCGAGGCGGAAAGUAAAAGUGCACAUUUCGAAGGAACAAUCGAUAAAAGAAGUGAGAAACUUGAUCGAUAUAAGUGUAAUAGUGAAUGCAAAGAUCAAAGUAUUCUUAGUAUAACACAGGCAAUCGAUGAAAUAGCACGAUUAAAUUCAAACUUAACUGUCUCAAAAGUAAUGAACGAGUCUGAAGACGAUAUGUUUCAAGAUGAGAACUUGGUACAGAUUGAUAACGAAUUAAACGUUAGUCGGGAAAUAGAUAAUUCGAUCGUAGAGAACUUGGGUAGGAAUUUAUCGGAAUUUAAAGUAGAAGAAUACGAGUGGGACGAUGAUUUUAAAAUUUCAAACGUCGACCCCAUACGAGUGUGCACGCAAUUCGAUAGAGGUGAAAAAAGAGACGAUAAAUUAGUCGAAGCAAGCAAGAUGGAAACACGUUGUUCGGAUAGCGACGAAUGGAUUUCGGUGAAAAAAUCGUUCGAUAUCUCAAAGGGGGGCAACGUUUCUUCUCAUACGAGUAUAUCGAAAAAAUUAGCGAGUAUAAGUAGGAGUAGGAAUUCAAGGUACGAGAACGCUAAGGAAUGUUUCAGGGAUGAGUAUGAUUCUGUGAAGGACGAUCCGUCGUUAACCGAAAAAGAGGGAAAAUGCAGCUACUUCUGCGAUGUUAGACAAGAAGAUUGUCACGUAAAAUUGCACGGUACGUCGUUUCAAAGAAAAAAGAAGAAUGGAGAAAGGAAAACGGAACAUUUACAAAUCCAUAAUCCCUAUCGAAAGUUUAAAAGAACGAGAAACAGAAAAAACAAAUUCAUAGACGACGAAGCAGAAGUUUCUUCGUACAACGAUACGACGGAUGAAAGUUCUGAAACCGACGAGGAUCUGAAAGAUUUUGUUAGCUAUACGCAAAACGUACACGAUACGUCCGAUAUACACGCCCACUACUUACAGAGCACUAGGAGUCCGAUGAAAAGGCAGGAUGGUUUUAUUUUUAAGCAACCACGCGUGCUCGACUCCAGUAUAGAAAUAUAUUCACAACCCAUCUCUCAAGCACACGAAUCUUAUAUAAACGAUUCGUUUUGUAUAGACGAGGAAGUUCAAGAGACAACUCGAGUCGAAGAGUUGUCGAUUCUGGAACAAGCUGAACAAGAGCUGGAAAGGCGAAAGCGUAAACGCACUUGCGACGAAAGAUUGGGCCGAAACGUGAAAAGAAGGAAUAAACAAAGAAAUAUAAUAAAAGGUUGCAGCAGUAGCGAAGAUGAAACUGAAAUGUUACGCAAGGAAGUAAUGGACGAAUCGUUGCUGUUGGCGCGAUCGCGAAGUUGAUCACGAUAAAGGGACCGUGUUUGUAUUUUUGUAAUAUUGUAUAAAGCAUA